GUCUUCAGCUGAUCGUGAGUGAGAGUGGUCGUGUCGGGGCUAGCGGUGCGUCUUGCUCCAUUUAUGACUAGCCUUUACUUUCGAGGAUAUAAGUUGCUGAUCUGAUUUCCGGUGUCGCAGUCCGACGUGUUGUAAGGUGGCGUGUGCGCAGGCGCGCCCGCCAUGGUUCCCGAGCCGCCCACGCUGCUGUCAUGAGGAUGUCUUGCAGUGGUUGGGUGUCGGGUGGGGCGGCGCCCCCCAUGGUACUGGCGCCACCCGACUCCCUCGCCUACCGUCGCUACCUCCGAUUCCUCCCCAGCCAGGAGGAGUCUGGAGGGAAGUUCCUGGCGCUGGAGGGCGCGGAGGGCUUGGGCCCGCAGGGGCGGCUCGUCGACCUCAGGCGGCAGGGGGAAGCCGGGUACGGGCACGAGGGAGUGCAAUAUCAGAACCCUAAAAAUGGGAGCACUGGGUCGGCAGAGAUAGAAGGCGGGAAGCUCGGUGAUAAGGUAGCGGAUGUGAGUGUGAGCUCUCGGGUUCAGCAGUACACAGCUAUGCUUCGUGCCCGACACAGCGCGCAAUAUAACACGCCGCUUCAGACGUCCCGAUCCUGCUCCAGCAUCGUCUUUCGGAGUUCGCGUCGCAGUCUGUUCUUCCGGUCGGCCGAAGGGCACGAAAACAGCGGCAAGGAGGGCCCCGACGAGUCCGGAUGCGAGAGCUCGCGCAACGGCUCCGUGGACUCAGGUGAAGGGGAGGUUGCCUUCUCCCCGAGGUACCGCUCCUUCUCCCUGCCAUGGCCCAGUGACCCGACGUGGCGCUGGUCGAGCGAUCCCAACAUAACCAGCAUGGCGGGCGUCCAGUCUUCCGCCUUCGGGUCCGUCGGGGGCCGUCGGGCCAGCGACCAGCACAGCGCCUCCCUCGUGCGCCUCGACUCCGCCACCAGCGACGAGGGCUGCCCCCGCGACGGCUCGACGGGCCCGACGCCACCGCCCUCACCUGUGUUCCGUCUGUCCGCGGCGAACCACCUCAUGGGACUCAUCACGCCCUUCAAGUCCCUCUCCCCCGCCUCCUCCAUGGGUUCGCACCUGGGCUCGGUGGAGGACCUGCCGCUCAUGCGCUCCAGGUCGCUGGGCCACGUCCCUGACCACUGGGCGCGCUCGCACUCGGCGGACAGCGCCGUCGAGGUGGAGGAGGAGUCGACCAUCGUCUCGCCCGCUCUCUCGCCUGCUGUGCCUCCUGCGGACGCACCUGAGGCGUUAUCCGGUUACUUGGCGGGCGGCGAGCAGGUCAACGGCGGGCCGGAGGCGAGCGGCACGUGCGAUGCCUGCGGCGACGAGAGGAAGCUCGCGGCGGCGGAGAGCGGUCAGUGCAGUGAAGGCAAGUGCCCCGCGGACGAGCCUUGCGUGCCCAAUGGUGAUAUAGUGUUUGGUGAGAGUGAUGGUGAAAGUCACGCUUAUUGCGAUUGUAAUGAAAAUUGUGAGAAAGACGUGAGCUUUGCGCGGGAGAGCGUCGACGAGUGCUUGAGAACAGUGGAGCUGCGAAAGAAGUUGAGUCAGAGUGGGAGUCGUCGCGAGCGCAGGCACGGGGGCGUGAACGGCGAGGUGCUGUUCCGUCACGCCCGCGCCUGCGGCGUCGUGCAGAGCCCUGAGGACCGGGAGGCGGCGGGCAAGAAGGUGCUGAGGACGCCGUCCGUGGUGAUCAGCGACCACAGCGGCGACACCAUCAGCCUCACCGUCGCCCUCGCCUCCAGCGACUUCUCCAUCGACCAGUUGGGGAAGAUGGAGAAGCUGCGGGAAUCGGCGAGCCCGACGCUGUCCGCGGGCGACGACAACGCCUCCCGGAAGGUGUCCAGCUGCUCCUCGUGCUCCAGCGUGAGCACCGUCGACAUGACCACGCCCCUCACCACCAUUAGCCUCGACAGCCUCAUCGAGGUGCCGAAUCGACGCAUCUCUGACUGCUCCACGUGCAGCAACGUCACGGCCUCCGAGGACGAGGUGGAGCACGAGCUGUCAAGGCCUCCGCCCCCGAGAAAGGUAAGCCUCGCUCACGUCUUCAGUUCUCUGUCCCCGUCUUGGCCGCGAGGCAUCCUUGCGACGCCCUUCCUGCGCCGGCCGGCCAUUAGGCCGAGCGAGGCGGAGAAUGUGCAGCGAAAGGGAUCUUUAUAGCCUUGCUUUACAUAGGCCGAAUCGAUUCUAUAAAAUGAU